CAUGCAGACCGCUGAGCUCAGAAGCCACAGGAAGUGAUCUGCGCACUGAACAGCAAACACUCACCGACACAGAUGCCUCAGUUCAAAUAGAAUCUUUCUCUCUUUCUCUCUCUCUCUCUCUCUCUCUCUUUCUCUCCCUCACAGACGCACACAAACUCAGACCUACUCAUUCACACCAGAGACUAAGUUCACACACACAUACAUACAUAAUAAACAGACCGACGCUGACACACAGACACACACACACAAACGCACCUGCACACAAACACACACACACGCACGCACACGCUCUGGCGUGUACACACAAACGCGCGUGCACACACACACACACACACUGUUGCAGCGAAAGGAAGCAGUUUGUCAGUGGGCGAUAAAGAAGCCCUUUGUCAUUUCUGUGGAGCUGGUUUUGCAUCAUGUCCUCUGCAGUGCUGACUGCUCUUCUGGUGCUGCAGGUGUCCAGUGUGCACGGGACUUCACUAGUGCUGAAUGGAACCGUGGGGGAGUCCAUUGUGCUGCCCACGGAUGAGGAAGGACCAAUCAGAGGACCAGGCUUCAUGGAGUGGUUAAAGAACAAUGUUAAUGUCAUCGGAUUAGUGCGCGAGCAGGACAGCUCACCUUUUGAAACCAAUAGGAUAAAUGAAGCUUUUAAAGGGAGGCUGAUUGUGAAUUAUGAAACCGGGGCCCUGAACAUUAGUUCUCUGAGAGAAGAGGAUUCUGGGGAAUAUGACUUUACUGGUAUAGUAUCAUCCGGGUCCCUCAGGCCAAAAACGAUACAAUUACACAUUUAUGAGAGGAUUGUUUCAGUGCAGGUAACCUCCCAGGUGAAUAACAGCACAGACGGCACCAGCUGUCACGUGACCCUGAGUUGCAGUGUGAUUGGAGGCAGCCAGGUGGUGCUGUCCUGGAGCAGAAAUGGAGAGAACAUUGCUGGAGCGGAGAGCAGAACUACCCUGACUGUAUCCCUCACCCAUGUAGAAGAGAACUACACCUGUACAGCCAUUAACCCCAUCAGCUCACAAAGCAACACAGUGACAGCCGGGCCCUGCCAAACAGGAAUCACAACCUCCCACUACAUCUACAUCGCAGCAGGGGGAGGGGGUCUCUUGGUGGUGAUGAUGGUCAUCACACUCAUGUGCAUUCUGAAGAAAUCCAAGAGAGAAGAAGCACAUGAAGACACCACUGUGUAUGCUGAAGUUGGAGAUAACUUGCACACACAAAAGGGCUCAGUGAACAGCCAAUCUCCUCAGCCUACAGAUGUGAACACCUUCUAUGACGUCAUAAAGGGCACAGGUACCCCUGCUGCACCCUCCACAGUGUACGACAUGGUGAAGCUGGAUCGAGCGACACCCAGUCAGUACCAGGAGGUGCUCUGAAACGGACCGGAUGACGUGGAUCGACAGAAAUCAAGCAGUUUGUCGGCGCUUUCAAACAGGGUUCAUUACCACUUUUUAAAUUAUUGCUGAUACAUUCAGAUUCACAAACUAGAACACGUUAAAAAGUAAAUCUGAGUGACUCAACAGCUCAAUCGGUUUGUAUAGUGCAGAAUCUCAUAUUUACCUGGGUAGUGGGUACACAUGAUACAUUUAUAUGGACUUAUUGUGGUUGCCUUGAGAACUGUCAGAACCUGCUACAAAAUAGCAACCCAAUUCUAUAUUAAUGCUCUUUUCUUUCUUUUUUUAAUUACUAAUUUGAAGCCUACUUCCCUCCUUUGUUUAUUCAAAAUGUACUGUAAGCGGAGGACAAUAAACAUCUUUUUUAAGGUUA